AAACGCCCCGUUUUUGUACAAUUUAUCUUACAAAAAGACUGCAUUACCUCCGCUCCUGGUCUCAGCAAUUGGUAUCUUCUCCGAAUCCAAACCUCAGCGAGAGAUCGUGAUCCUCAAUCAAGAACAAAUGGCGGAGGAUCUGGUGCUGGACACGGCGAUCAGAGACUGGGUUCUGAUUCCUCUUUCAGUGGUGAUGGUACUCAUCGGUAUCCUCCGCUACUUCGUCUCUAAACUCAUGCGCUCCGCUCAAGUCCCCGAUCUCAAAAUCGUCAAAGAAGGUCAGGUGAUUCUUAGGGCGCGCAAUUUACGUGGUGGCGCCAAUUUCAUCCCUCCCAAGUCGUUUCGUGCUCGUAGAGUUUAUUUCAAUAACGAGGAAAAUGGGUUGUUGCAUGUUCCCAAAGGGCAGGCUCAAAAUGCACAAGCACAAAUGUUUUCUGAUCCUAACAUGGCAAUGGAUAUGAUGAAGAAAAAUCUGUCUAUGAUCAUACCCCAGACAAUUACUUUUGCUUGGGUUAACUUUUUCUUCUCCGGGUUUGUUGCAGCAAAGAUACCAUUCCCACUAACUCAGAGGUUCAGGUCAAUGUUACAGAAUGGGAUUGACUUGAGCUCUGUUGAUGUUAGCUAUGUCAGUAGCCGCUCAUGGUAUUUCCUCAAUUUGUUUGGAUUAAGGGGUUUGUUUAGCCUCAUUCUCGGUGAAGAAAAUGCCACUGAUGAUGCACAGCGGAUGAUGCAAAUGAGCGGGUUUGGUUUUGAUCCCUCAAAGUUGCAAAUGUGCUGCGCGGGUGGUGACGUUGACAUUGCAGUGUUCGCCCGGGCUAGCAGGGGGCUAGCGCACAGCCAGCCCGCGUGGGCGCUACGGCUGUGGAGCGUGGUGGUAUGUUAGAAUCCCAAGUGCAAGCAUGUGGCAUGUGCUUCUCCACAGAGAGGUUUUGAACAACCGCAGGGGUAAGCUUCUGCUGUCUUUGCAACAUUCCACAUCAACUUGCUCUUGUUCCACUUAUUCUUAACACUGGAAUUGAUAUAGAUUUUUUAUUUUUCUUUUUUUGUUUGGUUGUGACCCCAAUCACUUUCAACUGAUGUGUCUAUUUAUUUGGGUCAGUUUGCCUUUUGUGAAUCAAGUACAGAAUUUUAUGAUGCUGUCCUUUCCCUGGGCACCUCAUAACAGUUUUUUGGUUUCAUGUAUUACAGUUUGCAAAGCAAUCAAUUUAAAAUAA